UCUCUGUUUCUCUUUCUUUCUUUUCCUCGUUUUCUUCUCCUUUUCCCGCCCCCUCGCCCAGCCUCUCCUAUGGCCUGGCCUGGGCGGAGGACGAGGAGAAGGAGAAGGAGGAGGGUGGCCGCCUCAGCAGCAGCCUUAUCCGCCAGGGGAAGGGCCCACAGGGGAUGGCCGGUUCCCACUCGCCUCGGUUCCUGUACGAGUUGCCGGCCUCUGUCAUGUGCCAAUUCUACGAGAUUAUGGACACCCUCGGCCGGGCGGAGUGGCAGCGCUUCGCCUCCAGGAUUGUCCGAGAUCAGGUGGAGCUGCGUCUCUACGAGAAGAUGGAGGCGCCAACAAACAAAGUCAUGUGGGCCUGGAUAAAUCGUAACGCCCGAGUGGUUGACUUACUUCAGAUCCUUGAUGACUUGCAGCUUUAUCGGGCACACGAUGUCAUCGCCUCGUGGAAUCCACCAUCACGCCCAGUAGAAUCCAGAGCAGUGCCUUUUCAUCGGCCGUCAGUUCCUCUUGACCCCCCACCUUCCCUACCUGCCCCAGAUCCUGGUGGCAGGGUUGGCGUUGGCAGCAACAAAGUGAAGACUGCAAUGUGGAAGCCCCAAAAAGGACCAUCUGCACCUGUGCCAGAGCCCUCCUAUCCACCACUAUCUCUUCCAGAACCCGCUCCCAGCCGCUGCCUCAGUAGUGUGGACCAGAGCAGCACGCGGCCACCUUCCACAAAGCCCGACGAGCAGGGCCUCAGCUCCUUGUCCCUAACCUGUCCCUUUGAAUGGCGAUUGGAGGAACUGCGGCAAGCCACAAGUGACUUCUCAGAAAACCUAAAGAUUGGUGAAGGAGGGUUUGGCUGUGUCUAUCAGGCCCGACUGCGAAACACUAUCUAUGCUGUCAAGCGACUCAAGGAGGAAGCAGAAUUGGACUGGAGCGUGAUAAAGAACAGUUUUGUCACUGAAGUGGAAAAGCUUUACCGGUUCCGCCAUCCCAACAUUGUUGAGCUUGCUGGUUACUGUGCCGAACAGGGGAAUUUCUGCCUUGUGUACGUUUUCCUGCCAAAGGGCUCCUUGGAUGACCAUUUACACAGACAGGUUGGUCCCUGCCUUACCUGGGCCCAGAGGCUGCAUGUGGCGGUGGGCGCUAGCAGAGCCAUUCAGUUCCUGCACAGUGACUCUCCCAGCCUCAUCCAUGGAGAUGUAAAGAGCUCUAACAUCCUCUUGGAUGCAGCAUUCAACCCACGACUGGCGGACUUUGGAUUAGCACGGUUCAGCCGCCGACCAAAGCAGGGAACCAUGAGCAGCUUAUUGGGCCGGACCCAGACUGUGCAGGGCACAUUAGCGUACCUACCCCCUGAAUAUGUCCGGACCGGGACUCUUUCCACUGGCAUUGAUGUUUUUAGCUUUGGUGUGGUCCUCUUGGAACUUUUGACUGGGAGAAGACCCAUGGAGGUGGAUUCUCGUGGACGUAGCAAAUACUUGAAAGAUUUAAUCAGUGAAGAAGAGGAAGCCCAGCAAACUCCAGCCACAAUGACAUCCAGCUCCUCUCAAGCAGCUCAGCUUGGCACACAUCUUUAUCGGAAACACAUGGACCUGCAGGCCGGGCCCUGUCCAGAACUGUUGGGCAUAACAAUAGGAAGGUUGUCUUGUCAAUGUCUCCACCCUCGAGCUAAACGCCGCCCUCCAAUGGCUGAGGUGUAUCAAGAGCUAGAGAGGCUACAGCUAUCACUUUAUGGGGAAUCCUCUGACUCUUUGCUGCCCCAGAGGCAACAGCGUACAACACAGGAGAACCUGUUCUCUGCUCAGCCCCUCAACCAACCUCAAGAGAUUGAUGAAAGGCAGGUGGCUGGCUUUGAUCUGGUGAGCCAGAGAAGUGUGUCCAGAGGAAAUGUCUCCAGAGGCCAGCCAGAUGCCUCUGCUCCUCAGAUCAUCAUCAACUCAGCACGAAGGCGCAUGAUGGAAAGGCUGGCACUCUACCAUGAUGGGAUGCUCGACAGCCUGGCAGUGCUUGCCUCUGCACCUUCUGUGUCAGAGCCCAUUGCAGAGCCUUCUCGGGAGCCUGAAGAGAGUGACGAAUUUGAGUGAUGAAUCUGGUGAUCAUAGAAGGAUUAAAGUUCUCACAGCGCUGAUGGCACUUUGCAGUUACAGGGUCGCAUGCCCUCUUAGACGGCGUGCAUGUUACGUUCCUUCGCUGGUCCUAUCCAUCCUUUAGCACCUUGGUGUUUCUGGUGGAAUCUGGCCUCAGACCAGCAGCUAUGUGUCAAACGGGGACUGCCACAAGAGCCUCUUGCAGGGAUCUAAAGCCCAGACCUCAGAACUGGAGGGAUGGGGAGAGGGAUGUCUUGCCUGUAAAUCCUCCCUGCAGAUGCUCUUCACUACACUCCUCAUUCUUGAACUGGUACAACAAAUAAAAUAUUUUAUAUAUUUGUAACUA